AUGGAGACCAUCACCGUGAGCCACAUCACCAUGGACACUGUCAUACUGAGCACCAUCACCAUGGAGACAAUCAUAGUGAGCCCCGUCACCAUGGCAACCGUCACACUGAGCCCCAUCACCAUCACCAUGGAGACCGUCACAUUAAGCUGCACCAUCACCAUGGAGACCUUCACAGUGAGCCCCAUUACCAUGGAGACCAUCGCAGUGAGCCCCAUCAGCAUGGAGAUCAUCAUGCUGAGCCCCGUCACCAUGGAGCCCAUCACAGUGAGCACCAUCACCAAGGUGACCAUAACAGUGAACCCCAUCACCCUGGUGACCAUCACAUUGAGCAGCAUCAUCAUGGAGACCAUCACAGUGAACCCCAUCACCAUGGAGAUGAUCACAGUGAAGCCCAUCACCAUGGAGACCAUCACAACCGAUGGCUCUCCUACAGGACUGCCUUCCCCCUCCUCUCCCAAAACAGACAUCUUGGAGUUCAUUGAUCGAGGCUGCAAUGAGUUUGUCAGUAGUCUAUGCUUAGUAAUUACAUCUUACCAAGAACUGUUUAUAAAUCACCCUCAAACAGGUGAUCUUGCAACUAAGAAUAUUCCCCAGAUGGCGAAUGGCAAACUUCAUGCAUUUGUGGAUGAUCUUACUGCUCGGUAUUUCUCCCUAGUUGAAAGAAGGAUACAAGAGGAAAGAGGAGUAGGGGAUAACUCUCUGCUUGUGCGAGCUUUGGACCGUUUUCACCGCAGACUGCAAGCUGUUGCCAAACUACUUCCUGGUUCAUCAGUACCAAACCAGGGCACUGAGAUUGUGAUCCGUGCUGCAAACGAGCGUGUGAAGCAGUACCUGUGUGCACUACAGAGCUUCUACAUGGACAGUUUAACAGACGUGAGGCAGGCGUUGGCCACACCUCGUCUCUCUAUGGGCGGAGCUUCAGUAGUGGGGGGGCCUGCGUCCAAUAGGGACAACCCCAGCAGUUUGCCAGAGCUGCUGUCCUCCCUGUCGUCCUCCAUUCUCAAUCAGAUCAAGUCUGUGCUGGCGUCUGUGCACCUUUUCACAGCCAAAGACAUCACAUUCUCUAAUAAACCAUAUUUUAAGGGUGAAUUCUGCAGUAAAGGUGUGCGCGAGAGCCUGGUGGUGAGCUUCAUUAGGUUUGUGUGUCAGUCUUCGCGUCAGUUCUGUGAAAGUGCCGGAGACAAGGGCGGCUCCACCCCUCCCGCCCUGCUGCUGCUGCUGUCACGCCUCUGUCUGGACUAUGAGACCUCCACCAUCUCAUACAUACUCACCCUGACUGAUGAGCAGUUCCUGGUGCAGCACCACAGUCCUGUCACACCGGUCACUUCUUUAUGUGCUGAGGCCAGGGAAGCCGCGCAGAAGCUUCUGAACCAUUAUGUGAAGGUUCAGGGGCUGAUUAUUUCUCAGAUGCUCAGAAAGAGUGUGGAGACCAGAGACUGGGUGAACACUAUUGAACCACGAAAUGUCCGUGCUGUGAUGAAGAGGGUUGUGGAGGACACUACUUCUAUUGAUGUUCAGGUGGGUCUUUUGUAUGAAGAGGGAGUAAGGAAAGCACACAGCAGUGACUCCAGCAAAAGGACUUUCUCGGUGUAUAGCAGCUCCAGGCAGCAGGCCCGCUACGCUGCCAGUUACACGCCAAGUGCUCCUAUGGACACUAAUCUGUUGAACAACAUACACAAGCUGUUUUCUGAAAGGAUUGACAUUUUCAGCUCAGUGGAGUUCAACAAGGUGUCGGUCAUGACAGGAAUCAUCAAAAUCAGCCUCAAAACCUUCCUGGAGUGUGUGCGUUUACGCACGUUUGGUCGUUAUGGACUGCAGCAGAUCCAAGUGGACUGCCAUUAUCUGCAGAUGUAUCUAUGGCGCUUUGUUUCAGAUGAAAACCUUGUACACUUCCUGUUGGAUGAGAUUGUGGGGAGUUCUGCUCACCGCUGCCUCGACCCUGCCCCCAUGGAGCAGAGUGUGAUUGAAGUCAUCUGUGAGAGAGGCUGAAGCUAAUGCUAAAAAAUACAUUCUUAUAUAAUUGUAUGACUGUCUAUGGUAAAAAUGCUUAAAAAAAUAUUAAUGCAAGACUGCUUCAAUCUGCAAGUGAUCAAUUUUGUGAAUCAGUGAAAUAGAAUUCAAAUAAUUGACCUCUUAUGUAUUUAUUGUGCUCUUAAUAUACUGACUUGAAAUUUGGAAUCACUGUCAAUGCUGGGUAUUCUGUUUAUAAGAGUAUGCACUAUACCUUAUUUGCUUGUAACUUUUCAUUUUCUGUGUCAAUAAAUCCCAUAUAAAUGAGAAAAGAUGAAGUCUAUAUUUAAAGCUAUGCUAAAAUAUUUAUUUCACUUUUAUUUCUGUGUGAAUAUUAAACAGGUCACAAAUGAAGUUACAAAUGUAGAUGUUGCCUGACAUUUAAUUAUGCAUCUUUUCAAUAAACAACACACCCAUGAAUACUCCUUA